GUUCGGACUGGGUUACUUCCAAAUCUGUCAUUUCGCAACUGGGAUCAAUUCAACAUGUUUCUAAAUUCAAGCCACUAUAAAGAAUAUUUGCUAACGACCCUGCAUCAGUGUGGAGUGGCAUGAAACAACUCACAAAUUACAGGACUCCUACCCCCAACCCUGUGGUGGACCAACAACUGGCUGACGACCUGAAUGUGUUCUACUGCAGAUUUGAAAGGCCCAAUCUCACACCCCACACCCAUUCUGACCUUCACGUCACACAAACACCAACACCUCCUGUAACCCCCCUCCUCCCCCCUCCUGCUACUCAACCUGCACUUCAGAUCUGUGAAGAUGAUGUGAGCCGCGUCUUUCGGAAACAAAAGACGAGGAAAGCUUCAGGCCCAGAUGGCGUCUCACCAGCGUGUCUUCGAUCCUGUGCUAACCAGCUGGCCCCCAUCUUCACACAGAUCUUCAACAGAUCACUGGAGCAGUGUGAAGUCCCAUGCUGCUUCAAACGCUAUAUCAUUAUUCCUGUCCCAAAGAAACCAAAAAAAAAAAUCACAGGACUUAAUGACUACAGACCUGUCGCCCUGACGUCUGUGGUCAUGAAAUCAUUUGAGAGACUGGUGAUGGCCCACCUGAAGAACAUCACUGGACCCUUUCUAGAUCCCCUUCAAUUUGCUUAUCGAGCAAACAGGUCUGUGGAUAAUGCAGUCAACAUGGGAUUGCAUCAUAUCCUGCAACAUCUGGACAGACCAGGGACAUAUGCAAGGAUCCUUUUUCGUGGACUUCAGUUAGGCUUUCAACACCAUCAUCCCAGCUAUACUCCAGAAUAGAUUACACCAACUCUCUGUUCCCAUGUCUAUCUGUCAGUGGAUUGCCAGCUUUCUGAUGGACAGGCAGCAGCUUGUGAGACAGGGGAAACUCAUUUCUAGCACCUGUACAAUCAGCACUGGUGCCCCCAGGGAUGUGUGCUCUCCCCACUGCUCUUCUCCAUCUACACCAAUGACUGCAUCACCAAGGACCCCUCUGUCAAGCUCCUGAAGUUUGCAUACGACACCACUGUCAUCGACCUCAUCCGAGGUGACGAUGAGUCUGCAUACAGAAGGGAGGUUGAACAGCUGGCUGUCUGGUGCAGUCAAAACAACCUUGAGCUGAACACGCUCAAAACGGUGGAGAUGAUUGUGGACUUUAGGAGAAACACCCCAACACUGACCCCCCUCACCAUUCUAAACAGCACUGUGACAGCAGUGGAGUUAUUCAGGUUCCUGGGCACUAUCAUCUCACAGGACCUGAAGUGGGAGAUACACAUUGACUCCAUUGUGAAAAAGGCCCAGCAGAGGUUGUACUUCCUUCGCCAGCUAAGGAAGUUCAACCUGCCACAGGCGCUGCUGAUACAGUUCUACUCAGCGGUCACUUAGUCUGUCCUCUGCAUUUCAAUAACUGUCUGGUUUGGUUCAGCUAUGAAAUCAAACAUCAGAAGACUACAAAGGACAAUUCGGACUGCUGAGAGGAUUAUUGGUUGUCCCCUUCCCCCUCUUCAAGAAAUAUACAAUUCCAGAGUGAGGAAAAAGGCUGGAAAAAUCACUCUGGACCCCACUCACCCUGCCCACUACUUUUCUGAACUGUUGUCUUCUGGCCGAUGCUACAGAACUCUGAGCACCAGGACCGUCAGGCACAGGAACAGUUUUUUUCCCACAGGCUAUCCAACUCAUGAACAGUUAAAUUGCCCCAUUAAGCAAUAACUAUGUGCAGUACACAGUUUAGUCUUUUUUAUAUUUAUCCAACACAUCCAACCUCUUCUGCUGUUUCAUUCCUCUGAAAAAACAAACAAACAAACAAACAAACAAACAAACAAACAAAAAACAUUUGCAAUGUACAUAACAGAUUUGUAUUUGCACUGUACAUAACAGAUAACAGAUUUGUAUUAGAUUGCACUAUGUAUGUGUAUUUAUGUAUGUGUGUGUCUGUGUGUGUAUGUACAUAUGUGUAUAACUAUUUUUUAUUUGUUAUUAUUAUCUAUGACUUGCUGCUGUUUUUGUAUUGUUUUUGUAUUGUUGUACACUGGAAGCUCCUGUCACCAAGACAAAUUCCUUGUAUGUGUAAGCAUACUUGGCAAUAAAGCUGAUUCUGAUUAUGAUAUAUUAUUAAAGGCCUUCAUAUAAAUGAACAUGAAUAAACAUUGUAAACAGGCGCUGUUCCUUGUUAGUUAACAUUAACUAUCUAUAAUUUAACCUAAACCAAGAUUAAUAAAUGCUGUAAAAGGGUGUUGUUCAUUUUUAGUUCACGUUAGCUAAUGCAUUAAAUAAUGUUAACUUAAACACCUUUUAAUGUUAAGAA